AGAGUCUAGACCUUAUCUCUUCGUCUCGCAAAAGGGGAGAGAGAAGAGAGAUCGAUUUCCGACUAAAACCUCUCGCCGCCGACGACCAAGCUCGGAGACCUAUUGACCUAGUUGCCCGAUGUCGGACGCCGAUGAUUACCGUUGCUUUGUUGGUAGUCUGUCAUGGAACACAACUGAUGUGGAUCUGAAGGAUGCAUUUGGGAAAUUUGGUCGAGUUACUGAGACCAAGGUGGUUCUUGACAAGUUCUCUGGCCGAUCACGUGGCUUUGGGUUUGUGACUUUUGAUGACAAGAAGGCCAUGGAAGAAGCUGUUGAGGCUAUGAAUGGAAUUGAUUUGGAUGGAAGGAAUAUUACUGUUGAAAGAGCACAACCUCAAGGUUCAGGCAGGGAUCGUGAUGGAGAUCGAGACUAUCGUGGUGGCGGUGACCGCUAUGGUGGUGGCCGUGAUUUUGGUGGCGGUCGUGGUGGUGGUCGUGGUGGUGGCGGUGAUUGCUACAAAUGUGGCAAACCUGGUCAUUUCGCAAGGGAGUGCCCUUCUGGUGAUGGUGGGGACAGGUAUGGUGGCAGGGAUGACAGGUAUAGUAGCAGGGAUGACAGGUAUAGUAGCAGGGAUGACAGGUAUGGUGGAAGGGAUGGUGGCAGGGAUGACAAGUAUGGUGGUAGCAACGGCAGCAGUCGCUAUGGGCCUGACCGUGGUGGUGAUCGCUAUUCUGGGAGUCGUGAUGGAGGAAGCCGCAGCAGCGGUGGCGGUGAUCGAUACAGCCGUGACAGGUCUGGGCCGUAUGAUCGUCGCAGCCGAGAUGAAUACUGAUCUUGAUGGUGGAGAUUCUGUCUCAGGUAUGAAAGGUAUUGGAUAAUACUAGUGGUAUGUUUGCUUUAUCACAUAAGGCAGCAAAUGGUUUGCUGUUGUACUCUUAUGAGAAGUUUAAUGCUUUUGUUAUCCAUGCUGACUAGUGCUUGGUUUACCAAUGUUCCUAUCUGGAUUUGGCUUGUAACCGGUUCCUUGGGAGCUUCAGUGGAUUGCGUUAUUUUGUCUGAGUUAUAUUUGGGAUCCAUGUUUCUGA